AUGCCCGACAACGCGGUGACAAUGAAUCACUCUAGUUCAGAGGAGUCUUACGAUAUGACAGAGGCGAAAGACUUCGCUCCAGCAGUGGAGAGCCCCAAGAACCUCAGAGUGAGCUUCAAUAACAUCGGAGACUUCGAGAAUGCGUCGACCAUCGAUCCUCCAGAAAACAUGCUCGCCGAAUCCUUGUCCAUCCAAUCCUACGCCGGCAGACCGCGGUCCAUGUCUCACCAUCUCUCGAGCAAGAAGAUCCCCUCAAGACGGGUGCUCAAGAUGAAGGCAAGGUUCUGGAGGUCGCUCAUGCAGCUGGCUAUGCACUUCCACGAUUGGGCGCCGCCGCGAUCCCCACGACCGGCGUUCACACAUAAGAUGUCUACGGACACCAUACCCGUCGAGCUGUUCUUCUACCUGCCCCCGACCUACCAUGAAACUCUGCAAAGAAACCCUUCGCACCGCUUCCCUGCUGUCAUUAACUUCCAUGGAGGUGGGUUCUGUCUGGGCGACGCAAGAGAUGAUCGAUAUUGGGCCAGAGUCGUGCUGGAGCAUACCAACGCCAUCUUCGUGAGCGUCAAUUACCGUCGGGCCCCCGAACAUCCCUUCCCCACGCCUGUGGACGAUUGUGUCGAUUCUAUUCUGUAUGUGCAAGAUCAUGCGGCCGAACUGCAUAUUGACCCGUCCAACCUGGCUCUGUCCGGCUUUUCCGCUGGCGGGAACUUGGCAUUCAGCGCUCCGUUACGGCUAGCAUUUCACAGAAAGAUGAACGCGAUCGAGCGCAUGCCGUCGCGGCCAACAACAUCUCACAGUGUUGUCACCGACACCGAAGCAAACGACCGCGAAGGCCAAGACCACGAGAGCCAUAACUUUGUAACUCCUGUACACUCGACUUCGAACCUCCUCGGCGAGCAGACAGACACCCCCUUGCGGAUUCGCACCGUAAUAGCUUGGUAUCCUUUGCUGGACUGGACAAUGUCCCGGAGCCGGAAGAUACGCGAAUCCCGAAAUCCGAAGAAAUGCCUAGCCAGAACCUUCACCAGCCUCUUCGACUUCUCUUAUCUCCCUGCUCCAGAUGUCGCAGGCGACCAUUGCAGUCCGUAUGCUUCGCCCAGUCUUGCUCAAGAUCACAUGCUCCGAGAUGGGUUGCCCGAGGACAUUCAGAUGUGGCUCUGCGAAUGGGACAUGCUGUUGCGCGAAGGGCAAGUCUUUGCAGAUCGUCUCGACAGACUCGGUAAGAGGAUCGACAGCAAACUGAUUCCACGAGUCCCUCACGCGUGGGACAAGUCGCCAAACCCGUUCCGAGAUCAGCGGGCCAUCGACAUGCUCUAUACCAAGGCUGCCGUGAAUCUGAACAAGGUAUUCCAGAACAAAGAAGGUUAUGGUCCCGCAAACUCCAUGAGCUCUCUCCAUCCGACGGAUUCCAUCAUUGAGAGACAGCCGAGACGGAGCAUUGUCUUGCCCAUAUGA